AUGAUUCGGCAGGUUUUCUUUAUUGUUUUAUGUGUUUUUGGAUGUUCAUGUUAUGUACGAGAAGUAUACCUGGACCUCUUCUUCAAAUGCAAAGGAGAGCCCGUUAGAAACUUGGUAAUGACCUAUUCCUUUGCCGUAAACCACCGUUAUUAUCAAAAAAUCUUUAAUUUCAGUCGGUUGAACUAUAUCAAAAUAGCUCUUACAGCUGGCAUACCUAUUCCGCGAUGAAUAAAACGUCGACCAAAGGGUUUCUUCAUCUGGAGAGUUGGGGAUGGUCUGUCCUCGAACUACCCCACUUUUUCAUGAUAUUGUGAGUUGUUUGCAAUUUUUUUUUAAUUUUGAAUUUAUUUUAGUCGGAACCCUUGUUGCAAAAAUGGAAAUCCUUAUGUGAAGGCGUUCAUCAGACCCGUUUUCACUGCGAGACGAAAGAUAGUGGAGUUGGAGACUAAAUGCACGAAUAUUUCAAAGGAUUUGGAGAUUGAGUAUUAG